AUGGGGCUGAUAGUGAUGUCAGACAGGCAGGUGGGACUCUCUGCCUGUAUGUUCAGAUCCUCUGGUACAUACUGAACGUAACAAUGUUAUGCAGUUAUUCUAUUAAUUGUCUGGUGCAAAGAGCUAUCAUACAAAGAGCUGUUUAACUAUGGAAUAUAUUCUAAUAGUAGUCUAAAAUAUGGAAUAUGGUCUAGAAAUUGGCUACAGCAGAUUUGAAUUCAAACUGAUUUGUUCAAUUUAGUCUGACUGGCCGGAGGUAACUGAGUUCAUUACUGUCGCAGAGCCAGGCCUUCUGGGCUGUUGUUAGUUUCUGCGGCCCGACCCUAUUUGUGCCUAGUUCCUUAUUCCACUCCAUUAUUUCUUCCCAGUGCACCAGCCAAGACAACAGAACACAACACACCAGGAAACUGUGUCACUUUUUUUUCUCAAACAAAGUACACACACACACACACAUUCUGAAGAAUCAGGCUUACAGCCGAGAGAGCUUGUUGUAAAUAGAUUGCUUGUGAUGUCAAUAUUCGGCUGUUUCCCAGGUUAGUGGAAUCAAGGCUGAGACCUGACAGUGACAAAGAUUCCACACGCGCAUGCAUACACACAGACACAGAGGGAGAUGGAGUGGCAAUGAAUAAGUUGGAUGCUAAGGGUCACUGAACUCUACUUCCCCUCGCCGACACAUCUCAACACGCUCUCUCUCUCACUCCCUCACUGUCUCGCUCUCUCUUUCUCUGUCCUUCUCUCAGCACAUAUCCAUGCUGCAGGCAUAGGUUAAUUCUAGACUUGGUUUCCUCCAUAGUAAUCGCUCCUCUUUCACCCCAACUGCCAAACUAACCCUCAUUCAAAUGAAAUAGAUCGGCAGGUAAGGGGGCUCUCGAGCGGCUAGAUGUUCUUUAUUAUUAGGCCUUUAGAUUUGAUAGCAAUGCUCCUUAUAGGACACUCCACUGCACUCUGUACUCCUCUGUAAAUUGGCCAUCUCUGUAUACCCGGCGCAAGACCCACUGGUUGAUGCUUAUUUAUAAAACCCUCUUAGGCCUCACUCCCCCCUAUCUGAGGUACCUACUGCAACCCUCAUCCUCCACAUACAACACCCGUUCUGCCAGUCACAUUCUGUUAAAGGUCCCCAAAGCACACACAUCCCAUGGUCACUCCUCUUUUCAGUUUGCUGUAGCUAGCGACUGGAACGAGCUGCAAAAAACACUAAAAUGACAGUUUUAUCGCCAUCUCUAAAUUCAAAGACUCAAUCAUGUACACUCUUACUGACACUUGUGACUGCUUUGCGUGAUGUGUUUUUUGUAUCAUUUUGUCCUUUGUGCUGUUGUCUGUGCCUAAAAGUGUUUGCGCUGCUACCAUGUUGUGCUGCUACCAUGUUGUGUAGUUGUCAUGCUAUGUUGCUACCAGGUUGUCGUGUUGUUGCUGCCAUGUUGUGUUGUCUUAGGUCUCUCUCUAUGUAGUGUGGUGGUGUCUCUUUUGUCAUGAUGUGUGUUUUGUCUAGGGCUGGGCGAUAUUACCAAAAUAUCAUAUCACAGUAUGUUUUAAAAAAUUUGACGGUUUGACGGUAUUUAAUGUUUUGAAUGUUAUGUUUCUUCAUUUCCUGCACUCAUGUGAGGUCAUUUCCACACUGCCAGGUAGGGCUGCACAAUAUGGGCAAACAAUCUAGGCCUUAUUUUUUACCAAAAUGUUGCAAUUGCAAUUUGACUUGUGAUUUGGCGCAAAACACUUUGGUGAACUGUUGGAAUCAUGGAAAUAGAAUGAUUAUUCUAAUUAUAUAGUUAGAAUAUAAUAGUGGCCACUUUGAAUACAGUGUUUGACAUGACAACAAAUUAAAAUGCCAAGGAGGAGUUGUUCUGACAGGGUAGGAACCAAAGUGUUGACAAGUGUUUCCUAGGGGACCCUAUAAUCUUUGGCUACAUUUUAAUGUUUUCUCAUAGCUACUUCAUGUAGCGAACAUAUUCUUGCUUUGCGUAUUCCUCUUUGAUUUAGAAGAUACUGUUGCACAAAAAACAUGCAGAUGUAGGUCUACACCAUCACGGGUAUUAUCAGGCUGUAUAGCUAGUUACAUUUGCUCUGACUCAGUACAUUUAUUAGCUAGCUAGCGAUUAGCAUUAGCGGCUAACAAGAUUUAGGCCCAACUUACUGAGAAAAGACAAACUAGCUGUUUGCCGAUGUAAGAAACACAAACGAAUAGUGUAAUUAUAGAACGUUACUGAAUUUAUAUUAAGAAGCAAAGUGAAAACAGCCUCGUUGUCAUCAACAUUGUUGCAUAUGCUGCAUUGACCAUGCAGAGACUGAACACAAGUGUCUACUGGUCGAGGAGGAACAACAAAUGCGCUCCUUGAGUGAAGGGGCUAGGUCUGUGUGGAAAGUGACAUGGAGAGAGAAAGAGAGAGGAGAGAGAUGACUCAAGUAGUGAAGUAAACUAUAAAAAUGGAUCUUACACACGCCGUAUCACAUUUAACAAACGAAACAUUCAAAUACCGUUAUAGAAGGUAAAGUAAAAACCCAAACCGGUCCAUUCAUCAAUCCCUGUAUAUCAUAAAACUGCCCAGCCCUAGUUUUGUCCUACUUUUAUUUUUAUUUUUUAUCCCAGCCCCCAUCCUCACAGGAGGCCUUUUGCCUAUUGCUAGGCCAUCAUUGUAAAUAUGAAUUUCUUAAUUGACUUGCCUGGUUAAAUAAAAUACAAACAAAUGUCUCUCUCUCUUUCUCGCUCUUUUUCUCUCUCUUUCCCUCUAAGCUGAAGAUGCAGAUUUAGAAUCUGGUAGAAAACCACGAGGCAAUAUCCAUGUUUGCCAGGAUCAUCGCUUUUUAUUGGCUCCUGGGUAUAUAGCGAAGGUUCAGAGAAGGCUGAACCUCCGCUCAAAGAGAUGGAUGCCCUUCAUGUGUACAGAUCAGAGCAAUGUUUCUGAACAUACCUUAGUGUCAACACACACACACAGCUGAGGUGGGACGGGGCUGGGUCACAGCAGUUCAUUCACAUCAGUGGAUUUGUAAAAAGGUCUCAACAGCCUAGUGUGUGCGUGGAACUCCUGUCUUAUGCAUUACCAUUGAUCAGAUCAGCGAGCUGUGCCUUGACUUGACGUUUUCAUCUAAUAAUACAACUGGGCUGAAGGAGGUGAAUAUGCAGGGCACAGCUAACCACAAUACACACAAGGGCAAAGGCACACACACACACACACUGUAUGCCCAUCAGUUUGAGAUUAAUAUGCCCUGACAGGGCUCAGAGCUCUAAGAAAGAACAUACUGACCAAAAAAAGGUUUGUGUGUUUCCCUGUGGACCUUUCAUUCCCUGUGUCUCCCUCCCAGGUCACUUCAAGCCUCUCCCCGCUCUCAUUGAUGUGAAAAUGCUACUAUUGACACAGGAGUAUCAAUUAACAUGUGUAUGUGUGUCGAUAGGUGGUGUUUAUUGUCUUUUGAUCCAUUCCAGUUCUGUUCUGUUCUGCUGUAUCUCCUGAGCCCUGCUGCAGCCCCACUCACACACCCAGCACACAGAUCAAAGCCACACUGGCCCCUUUAUACACAUAUAAUAUUUAAAUUGGAUGACUUUGUUUAUUGUGCUGGCUGGGCCUGGUUAGCAUAGGCAACAGCGCACUGAGCUGAGGACAGACUGUGUGUCGAGUGAGGCAGGGUAGAGAGACUUGAUGGUGGUAGGACUGGACGGGUAGUGAAACCCCCCCCUUACAAUGUCAUUGUAAGUCGCUCUGGAUAAGAGCGUCUGCUAAAUGACUUAAAUUGUAAAUGUCAUCAUCAUCAUCACCACUAUCACCUUCAUCCUCUAAGGCAGCAGAGUUGCAGGGCUGGUAAUUGAAUCUGGUAGCUAGGAUAUAGGCUAUUGAAGCAGACAUACAGAAACGAGUCUACAACCGUCUGAAGCAGUUUAUUUCAAAAAGCCUAGUCCUCCACUAAUCUGGAAAACCUUGCCUGAUGGCUCUAAACUAUUACAUGUCUAUGCAAUACUGUACAUGCAUAGUGGAAUCAUAACCAGUCUAUUCACCUAUCAUCAGUGCUGGUGAAGGGAAAGAGAUGUGAGGUAAAAGAGGAUUGGAGUGCUCAGUCAGUCAGCCGAUGAUCUGCUUCCCUGUUAUUCCUCUCUGAGGUAAAACAUUUAUAAAUAAAUCACUAGGGAGAAAUGAUUUGCCUGGCUACCCAAACUCCUUGCACCGGAUAUUCUCCGCAAUGAGUCUGGAUCUGAGUACCUCCCCGAUGAUUUCAAGAAUGCAAACACAUUCUAACCGUUCUGAAUGACUACUCUAUAUGACACUCAGCGAAACAGCACUGAGGCAAAGCUACUGAAGUGUGUGUGUGUGUGUGCGCCAGGGUUUCCGUUAGAUAAAUGUAGCACCGGACAACUGACCGGGAAGAUUUUUAUUCAUCAGACAUUUGAGACAUUUACCGGUCAUCCAAGCAUUGGGUCCGUAACUCUUUAGGGCGUCCACCAACGCAGCCAGCACCAUCAAUAAACAAGGGAUAUUGGCCAAAUGAGCCACAUUUACGUGUCCUUAAAAACGGCCUAUAAAAAUUUCUAAAACACUAUUCCUUGUGUUUUGAUGUGUGGCAUAUGCUAAACUUUAUAACCUAUUGUUUUAUUGGUUUUUACUUUACUAAAACAAUAAUUGUCCACCUCACGGUUCAGCUGUCGGAGAUUUGAACGCUAAAUGCAUCAGGGCAUUGCAUGCGGCCUAUAUACUUAGACGUCCACUGUAUGAUAUUAAUAUUUAAAAAAUAAAUAUAAAGGAAGAUAAUCUUAGGCCUGCUCCAUAUUGCAGCAAUUACCUAGAAAGGCUAGUGCCUACUGUACCCAACAAAUUACAGCAAUAGGCUAACACAAUUUAAAAAUGUAAUUUAAUUUAGCCAACGAAAAAUGUCUCAACAGAAUGAAACCAAACACGUGUUUGCGUUUUUAAAAACUGGUUUAGAUGAAUAAAUAGGCCUACAAUAAUAAUGGUAUACAGUAAUAAUAAUAAAUAGUUAUAAAUACAGUUUAAAAAAAAUAAAAGUUAAAAAAUUGCAUCCGACCUGAAUAGCAAGUUGCACCGUAGCCUGUGUUUGGCUGCACCAAAGUUCUUCUCAUCUUUGUCCACUACAAUAUUAAAACUUGUCCAUACGGAGGACAUUCCCCUUGUAGGCUUUUCGCUAUAAGCAUACUAUCCAACUUUCGUUUUGCUUCAAUGGAAAAGGUCACCAAUCUUCGCAAUCAACAGUAGCCUAGGCCAAGGCUCCUCUCUCGCUUUCUCUCUCUCCUCAGCAGCAGACACAUGCACAUAAGGCAGCGCGCAAGGAGUGAGAGAAUGUUGCUGAAACGUGAAAUCGGGGUGUAUGAUAGGCAACCUAUUUGACCUAGAUAGAUUGUGUGUAUGUAUUGAUAUGUAGGCUACGUGUGCCUUUUAAUAAAAUGUAUGUCGUUCUGUCCUUGAGCUGUUCAUGUCUAUUAAUGUUCUGUAUUUUUGUAAUGUUUCAUGUUUUGUGUGGACCCCAGGAAGAGUAGCUGCUGCUUUUGCAAAAGCUAAUGGGGAUCCUAAUAAAAUUCCAAACCCCGGACAAUUUGGUCGGCUACAAUUUUAUCGGCUUUUAAUUUAUUUUAUUGGCCGAAAGCCUGCAAUUACCUGCUAAGGGAAACCCUGGUGUGUGUGCAGGCUGUCCUUUCCGUGUGUGUGCAUCUAUUUGUGUGGGAGGCUGCAUCAGCCUCUAGCAAACUGUCAGUCUCUCAUCCCCACCCUUGGCUCCCUUUAACCCAGAGAGAGAGAGAGAGAGAGAGAGAGAGAGAGAGAGACUCAAUCACUUUACUGCCCUGAACCGCCCGGCUAACCACCAAAGCCCCUGUAGCCAUGACAACGCUUAGAUGGGAUCCUUUCUGCUUUUACCCAUUUGCUCGUCUCAGUCAGUCAUUGUAGAGUGCGGAGGGAGAGGAAGCUGAGAUAAGGAGGGACUCAAUUCAAUGUGUUUGUAAAUGCCCACCUGUCCCCCUUGUGUGAAUGCAAUAAAUAUAUAAUGUCCUCUGUUACAUUGGAAUAGGGGGAAGGUAGAGGGCCGCAAUUUAUGUUGUCCCCCUUCCUGUAGAGAUAUCUCUUCUCUUUUUUCCUAGUUUCUGCAAGUCGAUUUUGGCCUAGCUCUCCUGCUCUCAAGUGUCUCCCCUCUGAGUCUUUAUGAAGAGGGAGGAUUUCAGCAUCGUAUUAUAAAAGAUUAUUGCUCCUGAAAGAGUCCCUGAGCCCCUCUUCCUCUCUCUAGCAUUUUCUCUCUGUCUCCUCUCUCGCUCUCUUCCCCCCCCUCUCUCUCUCUCUCUCUCCCUCCCUCCCCCCUUCCCCCCUCUCUCUUCUUCACACUCUCACUCUUCCUCUCCCUCUGUAUCUCUAAAGCUUAGUGAGGGUCUACUUCAGCAGAAAGUGUUGUUAUCUCAUGCUGCUCUUGAUAGGCAACUGGGGUACCAUAACAAAGAGCACAGGAUGAAGGGGUCGGAAAACAAUGGGCUCACUCCAAAGAUGUUAAUAUUCUUGUGAAGAGGUUUAGACCCAAAACAGACACUUACCUUUGCAGCACACUACCUUCUAAGACAGCUAGCUAACGUUUGCGACUAACACUAAACAAACGGAAUGUGUCAGCUUGUGUUAACGUUCACAAACUAGCCAUUUCCCUUGUUGAACGUACUUCUGGUAAAUAGAAGAGUGCUGUCCAAAUCAUCUCUAGUCAACGGGUUCUUUAAAGGAAGAGAGCGUUUACAGUGAGGGAAAAAAGUAUUUGAUCCCCUGCUGAUUUUGUACGUUUGCCCACUGACAGACAUGAUCAGUCUAUGAUUUUAAUGGUAGGUUUAUUUGAACAGUGAGAGACAGAAUAACAACAAAAAAAUCCAGAAAAACGCAUGUCAAAAAUGUUAUUGAUUUGCAUUUUAAUGAGGGAAAUAAGUAUUUGACCCCUCUGCAAAACAUGACUUAGUACUUGGUGGCAAAACCCUUCUUGGCAAUCACAGAGGUCAGAGGUUUCUUGUAGUUGGCCACCAGGUUUGCACACAUCUCAGAAGGGAUUUUGUCCCACUCCUCUUUGCAGAUCUUCUCCAAGUCAUUAAGGUUUCGAGGCUGACGUUUGGCACCUCGAACCUUCAGCUCCCUCCACAGAUUUUCCAUGGGAUUAAGGUCUGGAGACUGGCUAGCCCACUCCAGGACCUUAAUGUGCUUCUUCUUGAGCCACUCCUUUGUUGCCUUGGCCGUGUGUUUUGGGUCAUUGUCAUGCUGGAAUACCCAUCCACGACCCAUUUUCAAUGCCCUGGCUGAGGGAAGGAGGUUCUCACCCAAGAUUUGACAGUACAUGGCCCCCUCCACCGUCCCUUUGAUGCGGUGAAGUUGUCCUGUCCCCUUAGCAGAAAAACACCCCCAAAGCAUAAUGUUUCUACCUCCAUGUUUGACUGUGGGGAUGGUGUUCUUGGGGUCAUAGGCAGCAUUCCUCCUCCAAACACGGCGAUUUGAGUUGAUGCCAAAGAGCUCGAUUUUGAUCUGACCACAACACUUUCACCCAGUUCUCCUCUGAAUCAUUCAGAUGUUCAUUGGCAAACUUCAGACGGGCCUGUAUACGUGCUUUCUUGAGCAGGGGGACCUUGCGGGUGCUGCAGGAUUUCAGUCCUUCACGGCGUAGUGUGUUACCAAUUGUUUUCUUGGUGACUAUGGUCCCAGCUGCCUUGAGAUCAUUGACAAGAUCCUCCCGUGUAGUUCUGGGCUGAUUCCUCACCGUUCUCAUGAUCAUUGCAACUCCACGAGGUGAGAUCUUGCAUGGAGCCCCAGGCCGAGGGCGAUUGACAGGUCUUUUGUGUUUCUUCCAUUUGCGAAUAAUCGCACCAACUGUUGUCACCUUCUCACUAAGUUGCUUAGCGAUGGUCUUGUAGCCCAUUCCAGCCUUGUGUAGGUCUACAAACUUGUCCCUGACAUCCUUGGAGAGCUCUUUGGUCUUGGCCAUGGUGGAGAGUUUGGAAUCUGAUUGAUUGAUUGCUUAUGUGGACAGGUGUCUUUUUUACAGGUAACAAGCUGAGAUUAGGAGCACUCCCUUUAAGAGUGUGCUCCUAAUCUCAGCUCGUUACCUGUAUAAAAGACACCUGGGAGCCAGAAACCUUUCUGAUUGAGAGGGGGUCAAAUACUUAUUUCCCUCAUUAAAAUGCAAAUCAAUUUAUAACAUUUUUGACAUGCGUUUUUCUGGAUUUUUGUUGUUGUUAUUCUGUCUCUCACUGUUCAAAUAAACCUACCAUUAAAAUUAUAGACUGAUCAUUUCUUUGUCAGUGGGCAAACGUACAAAAUCAGCAGGGGAUCAAAUACCUUUUUCCCUCACUGUACCUUCUGCCCUUUUUACCGAGUCACGUUGACCUCUUUCUUCCCGGGAUCAAUACCUAUUACAAUGAAUGUCUCAUUAAAUUACAUUGGGACAUAUCUCAGGCAGAACCCAGGGCACACUCUGGGAGUAAUUCAUUUAGCAGGAAGCUUUCUGAAAAUGUUGCUUAGUAACCAGUGAGUGAAGCUGGAUCAUUUUAAAGCUUUUUAAUGACUGUUAGCUAUCAUCUUUGCUAGUCGUCAUAUUGUCUGUUAUGUGGCUGGUAUGAUUGGGGUUUAGAUUCCUUGCUAAGUGACACAGGCAGUAAUGGUGUGUUUGUGUGUUCAGCUCCACUUUGUGUUAUUCCCUGAUUGUUGACACUAAUGGAUUACUGAUGAUGAUGAACAUGAUGGCGAUGAAGACAAUUGAGAUGAUGAUUCUUGAAACACUUGCCAACACCCCUUCUUCUGGCCAUACUUGGACCAUUCCAACUCCUUCUAAAUCUAAGAACAUUGGGAUCAGGCCCUCUCCCCUGGGCUCGACCACUCUAAAGGCCCCUAAGCCAAAUUGAGGCAUGGAGGCAGCUUACUCCAGGCUUGGUGGUUUUCAAAGCUGGGGAAAUUAAUACAGUGUAGUUCCUGCUCCCUGUUAGCAGAUAGGAAAAGAGAGGUUUAAAGCUCCUCAAUAACUCUGUUUCCACCCUCUAUCAGCCAUAAACAAAGACACAGAAUGAAAAUAUUGAACGUUGUGUUUUACAAAUAUGAAUCGAUUACCGUGGUUGGAAACAGAGAUUGAGGAGAGUGGCUUUAGUUAACCCCCUAGGAUCAGUGUUUGGACUGACCAACAACACUGUGUUGAUUCAUGCUUCAUCCAACUCUAUCUGUCUAUCUGUGUGUAGGUGGAGGAGGUGGUGGAUGUGGGGACAUUUGCUGAAGAGGACAUCCACAUCCCCAGCAUCUACAUCCACAGGAUCGUCAAGGGAGGCAGCUACGAGAAGAGGAUAGAGGUGUGCCUUCUAACAUCUCAAUGGAUUCAUGCUGGGUUGCAAAAUUAUGGUUACUUUCUAUGAAUUAUAUUCUUCCUGUCAUCUUUGGACUAAGUUGGUGUGCAAUCAGGUAAUCUCUACCCUGUUCUAGUACCAUGGGUAAUCAAAUGAGUGGCUGAAUUACUGUUUAAGAAGGGUUGCAAAAGUUCCGUUAACUUUCCCAGGUUUUCCAGAAAUCUCUGUUGGAAGUUCCCCAAACUAGGAGGGAAUAAGCAGGAAAUCUGGAAUCCUCCAACCAGGAUUUCUGGAAAUCCUGGGAAUUUGGGGGGAAAUUACAGUUUCCACCCACUGUGAUCUAUAAUUCAUCACUCCCAGACCUUUCGUAGUCCAAUAUGGAAGUGUGGGUAAUCAAUUGGUACUAAGCCGAGAUGACUGUCUCUCUCUCCACUCUCCAGAGGCGUACAGUGCAGAAGGCCCAAGCAGAGAAGCCAAAACCAAAGAAGGACUCUGACAUCGUACGGGAGAGGAUCAUUCGCCGGGCAGCUCUGGAGUUUGAGGAUGGGAUGUAUGGUAUCCUUGAACAUGAAAUGGGAGUUGACCGAACCAAUAAUCAUUGAUAUCUCACCAAAAGGUGAAUUAAUAGUAAAGGGUUUAAAUGUACCACUGUACUGGUGCUGCCCUAUGUACAUAGACAUUUAAUUACUGGUGACUUUAAUAAUGGAACACUAGUCACUUUAAUCAUGUUUACAUACUGCUUCAUAUGUAUAUACUGUAUUCUACUGUAUUUUAGUCAAUGCCACUCCGACAUUGAUCGUCCUAAUAUUUAUUUUACUUUUAGAUUUGUGUGUAUUGUUGUGAAUUGUUAGAUCAAAUCAAAUUGUAUUUGUCACAUGCGCCGAAUACAACAAGUGUAGACUUUACAGUGAAAUGCGUACUUACAAGCCCUUAACCAACAAUGCAGGUUUAAGAAAGAAUACCAAAAAUCACACAAGAAAAUACAAUAAAUAAAAGUAACAAAUAAUUAAAGAGCAGCAGUAAAAAUAACAAUAGCGAGGCUAUAUACAGGGGGUACCGAUACCGAGUCAAUGUGCGGGGGCACCGGUUAGUUGAGGUAAUUGUGGUAAUAUGUACACUACCAUUCAAAAGUUUGGGGUCACUUAGAAAUAUCCUUGUUUUCGAAAGAAAAGCAAUUUUUCUGUCCAUUUAAAAUAACAUCAAAUUGAUCAGAAUACAGAGUAGACAUUGUUAAUGUUGUAAAUGGCUAUUGUAGCUGGAAACGGCAGAUUUUUUAUGGAAUAUCUACGUAGGCGUAUAGAGGCCCAUUAUCAGCAACCAUCAGUCCUGUGUUCCAAUGGCACGUUGUGUUUGCUAAUCCAAGUUUAUAAUUUUAAAAGGCUAAUUGAUCAUUAGAAAACCAUUUUGCAAUUUUGUUAGCACAGCUGAGAACUGUUGUGCUGAUUAAAGAAGCAAUCAAACUGGCCUUCUUGAGACUAGUUGAGUAUCUGGAGCAUCAGCAAUUGUGGGUUCGAUUACAGGCUCAAAAUGGCCAGAAACAAAUAACUUUCUUCUGAAACUCGUCAGUCUAUUCUUGUUCUGAGAAAUGAAGGCUAUUCCAUGCGAGAAAUUGCCAAGGAACUGAAGAUUGUGUACUACUCCCUUCACAGAACAGCGCAAACUGACUCUAACCAAAAUAAAAAGAGGAGUGGGAAGCCCUGGUGCACAACUGAGCAACAGGACAAAUACAAACUUUUGAACGGUAGUGUACAUGUAGGUAGAGUAAUUAAAGUGACUAUGCAUAGAUAAUAAACAGAGAGUAGCAGCAGUGUAAAGGGGGGGCAAUGCAAAUAGUCUGGGUAGCCAUUUGAUUAGAUGUUCAGGAGUCUCAUGGCUUGGGGGUAGAAGCUGUUUAGAAGACUAUUGGACCUAGACUUGGCGCUCCGGUACCGCUUGCCGUGCGGUAGCAGAGAGAACAGUCUAUGACUAGGGUGGCUGGAGUCUUUGACAAUUUUUAGGGCCUUCCUCUGACACCGCCUGGUAUAGAGGUCCUGGAUGGCAGGAAGCCUGGCCCCAGUGAUGUACUGGGCCGUACGCACUACCCUCUGUUGCGCCUUAUGGUCAGAUGCCAAACAGUUGCCAUAACAGGCGGUGAUGCAACCGGUCAGGAUGCUCUCGAUGGUGCAGCUGUAUAACUUUUUGAGGAUCUGGGGACCCAUGCCAAAUCUUUUCAGUCUCCUUAGGGGGAAUAGGUUUUGUCGUGCCCUCUUCACGACUGUCUUGGUGUGCUUGGACCAUGUUAGUUUGUUGGUGAUGUGGACACCAAGGAACUUGAAACUCUCAACCUGCACCACUAUAGCCCCGUCGAUGAGAAUGGGGUCGUGCUUAUUCCUGUAGUCCACAAUCAUCUCCUUUGUCUUGAUCAUGGCCAGGUCUCUGACCUCCUCCCUAUAGGCUGUAUCGUCGUUGUCGGUGAUCAGGCCUACCACUGUUGUGUCAUCUGCAAACUUAAUGAUGGUGUUGGAGUCGUGCCUGGCCAUGCAGUCAUGAGUGAACAGGGAGUACAGGAGGGGACUGAACACGCACCCCUGAGGGGCCCUCGUGUUGAGGAUCAGCCUGGCGGAUGUGUUGUUACCUACCCUUACCACUUGGGGGCGGCCCGUCAGGAAGUCCAGGAUCCAGUUGCAGAGGGAGGUGUUUAGCCCCAGGGUCCUUAGCUUAGUGAUGAGCUUUGAGGGCACUAUGGUGUUGAACGCUAAGCUAUAGUCAAUUAAUAGCAUUCUCACAUAGGUGUUCCUUUUGUCUAGGUGUGAAAGGGCAGUGUGGAGCACAAUAGAGAUUGCAUCAUCUGUGGAUCUGUUGGGGAGGUAUGCAAAUUGGAGUGGGUCUAGGGUUUCUGGGAUAAUGGUGUUGUUGUGAGCUAUGACCAGCCUUUCAAAACACUUCAUGGCUACAGAUGUGAGUGCUACGGGUCGGUAGUCAUUUAGACUGGUUACCUUAGUGUUCUUGGGCACAGGGACUAUGGUGGUCUGCUUGAAACAUGUUGGUAUUACAGACUCAGACAAGGAGAGGUUGAAAAUGUCAGUGAAGACACUUGCCAGUUGGUCAGCGCAUGCUCGGAGUACACAUCCUGGUAAUCCGUCUGGCCCUGCCGCCAUGUGAAUGUUGACCUGUUUAAAGGUCUUACUCACAUCGGCUACGGAGAGCAUGAUCACACAGUUGUCCGGAACAGCUGAUGCUCUCAUGCAUGUUUCAGUGUUACUUGCCUCGAAGCGAGCAUAGAAGUAAUUUAGCUUGUCUGAUGGGCUCGUGUCACUGGACAGCUCGCGGCUGUGCUUCCCUUUGGAGUCUGUAAUAGCUUGCAAGCCCUGUAGUACGAUUCGAUCUUAGUCCUGUAUUGACGCUUUGCCUGUUUGAUGGUUCGUCGGUGGGCAUAGCGGGAUUUCUUAUAUGCUUCCGGGUUAGAGUCUUGCUCCUUGAAAGCGGCAGCUCUACCUUUUAGCUCAGUGCGGAUGUUGCCUGUAAUCCUGUUUACAUACACUCAAUUAGUAUUUGGUAGCAUUGCCUUUAAAUUGUUUAACUUGGGUCAAACGUUUCAGGUAGCCUUCCACAAGCUUCCCACAAUAAGUUGGGUGAAUUUUGGCCCAUUCCUCCUGACAGAGCUGGUGUAACUGAGUCAGGUUUGUAGGCCUCCUUGCUCACACAUGGUUUUUCAGUUCUGCCCACACAUUUUCUAUAGGAUUGAGGUCAGGGCUUUGUGAUGGCCACUCCAAUACCUUGACUUUGUUGUCCUUAAGCCAUUUUGCCACAACUUUGGAAGUAUGCUUGGGGUCAUUGUCCAUUUGGAAGACCCAUUUGCGACCAAGCUUUAACUUCCUGACUGAUGUCUUGAGAUGUUGCUUCAAUAUAUCCACAUAAUUUUCCUUCCUCAUGAUGCCAUCUAUUUUGUGAAGUGCACCAGUCCCUCCUGCAGCAAAGCACCCCCACAGCAUGAAUCUGCCACCCCUGUGCUUCACGGUUGGGAUGGUGUUCUUCGGCUUGCAAGCCUUCCCGUUUUUCCUCUAAACAUAACGAUGGUCAUUAUGGCCAAACAGUUCAAUUUUUGUUUCAUCAGACCAGAGGACAUUUCUCCAAAAAGUACGAUCUUUGUCCCCAUGUGCAGUUGCAAACCGUAGUUUGGCUUUUUUAUGGCGGUUUUGGAGCAGUGGCUUCUUCCUUGCUGAGCGGCCUUUCAGGUUUUGUCGAUAUAGAAGUCGUUUUACUGUGGAUAUAGAUACUUUUGUACCUGUUUCCUCCAGCAUCUUCACAAGGUCCUUUGCUGUUGUUCUGGGAUUGAUUUGCACUUUUCGCACCAAACUACGUUAAUCUCUAGGAGACAGAAUGCGUCUCCUUCCUGAGCAGUAUGACGGCUGCGUGGUCCCAUGGUGUUUAUACUUGCGUACUAUUGUUUGUACAGAUGAACGUGGUACCUUCAGGCGUUUGGAAAUUGCUCCCAAGGAUGAAUCAGACUUGUGGAGGUCUGCCAUUUUUUUCUGAAGUCUUGGCUGAUUUCUUUUGAUUUUCCCAUGAUGUCAAGCAAAGAGGCACUGAGUUUGAAGGUAGGCCUUGAAAUACAUCCACAGGUACACCUCCAAUUGACUCAAAUUAUGUCAAUUAGCCUAUCAGAAGCUUCUAAAGCCAUGACAUAAUUUUCUGGAAUUUUCCAAGCUGUUGAAAGGCACAGUCAACUUAGUGUAUGUUAACUUCUGACCCACUGGAAUUGUGAUACAGUGAAUUAUAAGUGGAAUAAUCUGUCUGUAAACAAUUGUUGGAAAAAUGACUUGUGUCAUGCACAAAGUAGAUGUCCUAACCGACUUGCCAAAACUAUAGUUUGUUAACAAGAAAUUUGUGGAGUGGUUGAUAAACUCGUUUUAAUGACUCCAACCUAAGUGCAUGUAAACUUCCGACUUCAACUGUACGUACAGUCACUGUGGGGACGACGUCAUCGAUGCACUUAUUGAUGAAGCCAGUGACUAAUGUGGUAUACUCCUCAAUGCCAUCGGAAGAAUCCCGGAACAUAUUCCAGUCUGUGCUAGCAAAACAGUCCUGUAGCUUAGCAUCUGCUUCAUCUGACCACCUUUUUAUUGACUGAGUCACUGGGGUUUCCUGCUUUAGUUUUUGCUUGUAAGCAGAAAUCAGGAGGUUCGAAUUAUGGUCAGAUUUGCCAAAUGGCGGGUGAGGGAGAGCUUUGUAUGCGUCUCUGUGUGUGGAGUAAAGGUGGUUUAGAGUUUUUUUCCCCUCUGGUUGCACAUUUAACAUGCUGGUAGAAAUGAGGUAAAACGGAUUUAAGUUUCCCUGCAUUAAAGUCCCCGGCCAAUAGGAGCGCUGCCUCUGGAUGAGCGUUUUCCUGUUUGCUUAUGGCCGUAUACAGUUCAUUGAGUGCGGUCUUAGUGCCAGCAUCGGUUUGUGGUGGUAAAUAGACAGCUACGAAGAAUAUAGAUGAAAACUCUCUUGGUAGAUAGUGUGGUCUACAGCUUAUCAUGAGAUACUCUACCUCAGGCGAGCAAAACCUCGAGACUUCCUUAGAUAUCGUGCACCAGCUGUUGUUUACAAAUAUACAUAGACCGCCACCCCUUGUCUUACCAUAAACUGCUGUUCUAUCCUGCCGAUACAGUGUAUAACCCGCCAGCUGUAUGUUAUUCAUGUCUUCGUUCAGCCACGACUCGGUGAAACAUAAGAUAUUACAGUUUUUAAUGUCUCGUUGGUAAGAUAUACGUGCCUGUAGUUCGUCCACUUUAUUAUCAAGCGAUUGUAAGUUGGCCAAUAGUAUCGAUGGCAAAGGCAGAUUAGCUGCUCGUCGCCGGCUUUCUUACCAAGCUUCCCGAUCUCCUUCCGCGAUUACUGCGAAUGACGGAGAUGAGGGCCUUGUCGGGUGUCUGGAGCAAAUCCCUCUCGUCCGACUCGUUAAAUAAAUAAAAAAUAUAUCAUUUGUCCAGUUCAAGGUGAGUAAUCGCUGUUCUGAUGUCCAGAAGCUCUUUUCGGUCAUAAGAGACUAGCAGCAACAUUAUAUGCAAAAUAAGUUACAAACAAUGCGGAAAAACACACAAAAUAGCACGGUUGGUUAAGAGUCCAUAAAUAGGCAGCCAUCCCCUCCGGCGCCAUUAUAUAUAUAAUAUACUACUGCACUGUUGGAGCUAAGAACACAAGCAUUUCGCCACACCCACAAUAACAUCUGCUAAAUAUGAGUAUGUGACCAAUAAAAUUUGAUUUGAUUUGAGAUUGGGAAAGUUCAUGAUCUUUCACAAACCAACCCUAUCAAAUAACCCAGGUUUUGGCAUUGGUAGUGCAGAAUCAGAUUACAUCAGGGUACUGUAUGUCUGUCAUGUAUUUAGUUUGUGUUCUUUAACAUUAACCCCUGUCAGCUAACCUGGGCAUUGGCAUCCCCAUGCUAGCCAGCAACUUCAUCCAACCUGACAUCACUGUCCACCUGCAGAGUGAGAACGGCAUUCUGGGAUUGGUAAAACGCUCAUUUAAAUCCCUCGCAUGGUCAAAUCACACUAACAUGGUUUGACAACAGGUGUUGGGACUGACGUUUGAAAGGUGCCGGAUUCCUAACCCAACAUUGUGGAGAUUGCGAGCAUCUGACUUAUUUUUCCUCCAUCCAUUAUUUGUAUACACAGUUGUGGGCUGUAUACAAAGACUGCAGCUCCACCAAGCCUUUCACAUCAAUUCUGUUGUCAGAGAAAUUGAAGCAGAAACAUGCCAAUGCCUCAUUUGUGAGAAUGUUCCCCCAAUUAUGAAUGUCAGGUUAAUCGAUGUGAUGUUAGAAGCUCUCUUCCUCUCCACCUUUUUAUAUUGCUGUAAAGAAACAAGGACUGUACCUUUGUUGAAGGGAGAGAAAAUGUGUGUGUGUGGUUAUGGUGCUUAGAGACCGGAUGUGUGUGAUGUGUGUCAUUGUGUGAUGAAUGUGUGUGUUCUGUGUAGGGCCCCUACCCCACAGAAGACGAAGUGGAUGCUGACCUCAUCAACGCCGGUAAGUGAUCUUGCCCCCCCCCCCCCCCCCCCCACACGCGCAAGCGCACACACACGAAACAAACUAUCCCAUUUAUGAGAGAUGUUGACAUUUCCCCAUGUGUGUGUGCAGGUAAAGAAACGGUGACUGUGCUUCCAGGGGCUUCCUACUUCUCCAGUGACGAGUCGUUUGCCAUGAUAAGAGGGUAA